AAGAUCGCGGUAAAGCGUAGAUGACCAGUGUGAAUCCGCACCUGCCUGACAACUUGGUCAUAUUAUGGUCUCAUGAUGUUUCGUGGGGCCACAUUAACUCAGGGGAGUACUCAUUGGUGGCAGGAUCUAUUGUGCUCUUGUCCGCCCCCCACAAAGGCACCUGCUUCGAGCGGGCAUGCAGGGCCAGUUCUUUCCUCUGCGCAACGUUUCCUGAGAGAGCAUUUACGGGGAAUAAAAUCCAUCCAUUCGGCUGCAUUUCCCUCGUACAAUCCGUUAGGGUCCUGUGAGAUGACACGUUGUUCCGGAGCUAGACAUGCUCUCAAGCAGUUGGCGGUUUAACUCCAGAAGUCGACAGGCUUGGAGUGUUGCUGGCAGCUUCGUGCAGCGCUGGCCGUCCUCAUUCGGUGUUCCCCAAGCUCCUAGUUUAUGCAGUCCAAAGGUAUGAUGCCUCAUGACCGCAAUUCCUGACGUGGUGUCUUCUUCGGCCACUCAAACUUGG